AUGAUUACUUUUUUUCAGAGUCGUUAUCCAUCAAUGGAUCUUGAUCGCAAGUAUGAGCAUUCCGUCGGUGCUUUUCACGUUGAAUACUAUGAUGAGUAUGGCCGGUCAGUUGGAAAAGCAGAAAAAGUUCAGCCCUUCCCGAACCAGAAACUUCGAGACUGUUUGGAUCAUCGCUUACGGCAACGUGGCCUCAUCCCAUCAAUGGUACUUCUUUUUGUAGAAAAUUCCCGAACGCCACUUCCAGACAAUUGUGACGCCAGUUUCCUAAGUGGUCAACGCAUUGUUGCACGAGGUGAUUUUACGUGA